AUGCAGGACCAGAUUGUCUCGUUGUCCGCUGCGGUAAGGUUACUGGCCGGCGGCGACAACUCGCUAGCGGUGGCUGGCCGGUCGCAUCCUGUCGUCCCUCCCGCUGCCAGCACGCAUGGUCCAUGGGCAGGGCAACGCUCAUUGCGGCGCCUUUCCACAGCUCGAGAAAGCACUUUCCAGGGACCAACCACUUCCGCAUUCAGCUUUGACUUGGCUAAAUCGAGUCUCGAAAGCCGCGGGAUCGUGGAACGCAAUGAAGGCGGCGAUGAGGAGGGUGACUUGACCCAGGAGCCGUCUCCCCUGGGAUCGCCUUCAGCACCGUAUCACAACUUGGAGCCUCGGCAGUCGACGGACCCGCUCUGGAUGCUGCCCAAAGGCGAGGCCCUCCGGCUGUGUCGUGUGUACGAAGAAGAAAUGGGGAUCAUGUAUCCAAUUCUGGAGCUCUCCGAGCUGUUAGAGCAGGUACAUCUACUCUACGGCCCCAUAGAUCGCGCCUUAGGAUCUUCUGUGCAAUUCGAUGGGAAGUUGGACGGGUUGGACCCUGGAGAUGUCAAUAUCCUUCGCCUGGUUUUUGCCUGUGCCUUGACCGCCGAGGCUAGUGGUCGCAGCGAGCAGGCCAUCUCUCUCUUUGACAGUGUUCGCGAGGUUCAGGACAAUUGUGUCUGGGGUCCACCCGAUAUUAAAAGCAUCAUUUUCUUGACGCUGGUGGUACGUGCUCACACUAUAAAAACUCGAACGGCAGAUCUGACUUCCUUGCAGUCUAUAUUUUAUUUCCAGAUGGAUGAGGAGACGCUCGCCUGGCGGACCAUCGGUAUUGUUGAGCGCAUGUCUCUUGAGAAAGGCCUUCACCGACGAGAGACAUUGAAUCAGCCAUUCAUCGUGAAUGUUGGCAAGGACCGUGUCCUGCGAUUGUUUUGGUCGAUUUACGUCCUUGAUAUGCGCUGGAGCUUUGGGACGGGCAUGCCGUUUGCCUUGGAGGAUACGGACAUCGAUCCGUGGCUGCCAGAGCCGUCAGAAAAGACCCCAUAUCUUCAGGUCAUGAUUCAGUACAGCCGCAUCGCCGCGAAGGUGUGGAAGUUUAUCUCCGCGUUCAACAAUACCAAUGAAAUAAAAACUGAUGAGAUGGGAUAUCUCAACUAUCAGGUGGAGACUUGGAUAAGGGGGAUCCCAGACACCUUGCGCCUCGACCAUCCGAGUACCCCCGAGUUCGGCCCGGCCACUGAAGGGCCGCGCAGCCUACGGCGGUUGCGUGCCAUGGUCUACCUGCGCUCCAACCAGCUACGGAUGCUCAUCUACCGACCUGUUCUGCACACGGCCGCGCACAUUGCACGGCAUCCCGCCGAAUCCGAGACCGUUGUAGAUCUGGCCAAAGACACGAUUCGCUUCAUCACCCGGCUCAACGAGACGUCGGAUAUCUACCAGUUGCAACAGAUUGCCUUCAACUGGUUCCUAGUCUCGGCCCUUGCAGUGUUGUUCCUUGCCGUCGCGCAAGCCCCGACCCAAUUCAGCGUGUCGUGCAAGGAGGAAUUCUACUGUGCGCUCGAGCUGGUCAAGGGGUUUUCGACAAGGUCGUAUGUCUCGCGUCGUCUAUGGAAGUCGAUUCGCAGUUUACGCAAACUCGGCCCGCAACUGGGUCUGGGGUUGCAAAAACACCGUCAGGAGGGUCAAAUUGAUCAUCACCAUAACCCCCAGACACCUCUCAUUCCAGCCCCAACCGGGAGUGUCCAUAGCCAGACCCCCUUGGAUGGCGCGCAAAUGACGCAGGAGCUCAUGGAAUGGUUCGAAGCAGUCGGCAACCUGGAGGACCAGAUCAUGGGGGUCGAAACAGGGCCGGUGCCUCAGCUGGAGCCUUGGCAGCAACGCAUGCCCAACGGCGCGUAUCUGUUCGACUAUGGUGGAGAGCUGUCUAGCGUAAUGAAGGAUUGCUUCUAG